AUGAAGCUGACAAUGGUCUCUUCUCUGUUCUUUCAUUCAUCCUCAAUUGAGGAAGACGUAGAUUCUACCGACAUACGAGAAUCCAAUGAGCAAGUAAGGAAGGAUUUAGCUGCAUCUUCUUCUGAAAAUAUCAAGAACUCAACCAAUGAAGGAGGCGCUACAAAUAAGACGGAACAUCAAAUAACCAACCCUGAAGAAACAAUUACAAGUCCAUCUGAUGAAAGGAUAGUCUCCAAUUCACCAAGUAUUCUAUCACAAGAUCCUCAACAUCAUCAAACGUCUAUACGGGAUAGUAACGAUAUUGUUGUGAGCAGUGGACUCAACAACACUGAUUCCUCCAACAAGGAGCCCAUCUUCAUCCUAAAGAAAACCAUCAUCGGAACAAGAAACACAUCAAUCUUGUUGAGCAGUAAUAGAAGGAACGAGAGAACUCACUCUCUUCUUCUGUCGUUAUUCAAUCUGAUCACACUAAGAGGAGCCUCAAUGGAUACUCCUCCCAACUGCACAGAAAUAAGCCUUGAAAAGCUUCUACAAUGUUUAGAGAAAGCAUUCCUUGACUUCAAUCCAAAACUAAAAUCUUGUAAGAUUAAGAGUCUUCUCAACAGAUUGUACAAUACAAAAACAGUUGAUUUCCGAGUUACAGGAGAAAUCAAUAGCAUUGAAAAUGAUUCAAUAGAAAAGCUCGUUGAUUGGGUCAAGAUCUACUUUGUCCACGGAACUAUCAUCGCUGAGAGCAGUCCACUGUACUCAUCGCUUAAAGGAAUGAAAUAUAGCGAGUUAUUAAAUCAUUCCAAAUCUUCGGGUAAUACUAAAAAGCUUGAAGAUAUAAGAGAGUUCUUAAACCAGUAUUCCGAUUUGGGAUUGAGCCAAGAGGGACUUGAGAAAUUGCACGCUAUUGAAGCAAUGCGUUUGAAAAUUUUGUUUCAUGAGGACAUGUUCUCGGUAAUUGUAAACUAUAAGGGAAGAAUAUUCGAGCUAAUAGACAGAAAUGCUCUCGAUUCGAACUCUCAUCUGAGAGCCAAAUACAAUUGGUCAGGCCCAAUCCCAGAGAAUGCCGUUUGGGCAAGAUGGCCUCUUCACAAUCCUAGUGAUAAGAGAGUAUUGUGUGGAGGAGAUUUCUUUGAACUGCCAAUGACAUGUUCUCCAACAGCAAGUCCUAACUUAAUUUCCAUUUCUGAACAAUCAGAUGAAAGCAUUGAUGUUUCAAUUUUGACAUGUCCAAUCUCCAUGUGCAUUUUCUUUGACCCUAUCGUGGCAGUUGAUAAUAUUACCUAUGAAAGGGAAGUGUUCAAAAAGUGGUGUGGAAAGAAGGUCGAGAUUGUGUCUCCAGUGACAGGUAAACGAAUUUCUCCUCGCAUGACGAAUGAUGUCGUCAUUAGAAAUAAGGUGAAGAACUACCUGGAACGAAAUAUUCAUCUUAAACUUUCAGAAGAGCUCUUUUUCCCUCUCCACAAUUUUGAGUCAUUCCGUAAAGCGGUCCUAAAAGGCGAUAUCGAUGAAGCAACUGAGAUUGCCAAGAGCGAUAUUCGCUUAAUUAUUAUGAAACCGGAUGAGCUUGCUAGACUUAACGACUCUGUGAAAUCCAAUGACUCACUCAAUGGUUACAAUCUUGCCUUCAUUCAUGGCCUUCCCAAGCUUCUUGACAAUAUGAAAAAUAUUCUCAUUCAUAAUAUUUAUCUUGCCAUGGAACAACAAUGUGAAUCCUCAACCAUAGAGCAACUUUCCCUACAUGUUGAUUUGAUUGAACAAAAAAUUCAAGAUUCCAAACAAGAGUUUCCAUCAUCGUUCUCAAAAGAGAAAGAGAGUGUUGUUGUUGAGACUUCAAUAAACCCCUAA